AUGGAUUUAAAGCCGCAAGGAAGCAAUACGAGUAAUACACCAACCAACAAUACCAACAGCAAAAACCAGGGGUCAUCCACACCUUCAGCUGCCACCAUGGAUUCCGCCUCGGAAUCAAAUACGAGUACCCCACAACAACAGGACACAAAAAAGAAAAGAACAGGUCCAAAACGGCGGAAAGUGACUCAUGCAUGCGUAUAUUGUCGACGUUCACACAUGACCUGUGAUGAAGGUCGGCCUUGUCAGCGGUGUAUAAAGCGAAGCAUUGGCCAUUUAUGUCAUGACGAACCAAAACAUUCCAACAACUCGCAACCGAACAAUAAUAAUAACAGUAGUAACAAUAACCAUGCCAAUAAAAGCCGUGUGGCGCCACCUAGCACGAGAUUGAGUGGGAGCAGUAAUUUGGGCGGGUUACCGAUCCAAUUCUUUGGCCAAAUGGGUACUGGACAGCUCACGUUUGCAAGCGAACAUAUGGGCAACGAAAUCUCGGUCAUCAGUAAUUUCCUUGAUUCGUUGGAUGGUGAUGUCCAGGCAAUGUAUGGCAACAACAACAACAAUAAUAACGAUAAUGCAAACAAUCAGCACAAUGCAGUCGCAGCACCCGCUGUCAAUACCACCGAAAAGUUCUUUUUGACUGCUGCUGAUCCGUCCGAUGGCAAGUUGGAAGAUCGGUUGACAGAAGUGAUCAAUGCCAAAUACGAAGCUGGAUUCUUGAAACCAUAUAACUAUGUCAAUGGUUAUGCACGGUUGCAAAAAUACAUGGAUAACAACAUGUCUGCUUCAAGUCGGCAACGUAUUUUGAAUGUCAUGGGCACGUUCCGACCGGCAUUCCGAUCUGUGGCGCAAUCAUUGACAGAUAUUGAUUUAAUUUUAGUAGAAGAAGCAUUCGAGCGUUUGUUAUUGGAUUAUGAUCGUGUGUUUAGUUCCAUGGGAAUCCCAGCGUGUCUGUGGCGUCGUACAGGUGAAAUCUAUAAAGGAAAUAAGGAAUUUGCUUCACUUGUCAAUGUUCCCAUUGAAAAUUUACGAGAAGGGCGACUAUGCAUAUACGAACUGAUGGCAGAAGAAUCGGCAGUUAAUUACUGGGAGAAAUACGGCAAUAUCGCUUUUGAUCCUGGACAGAAGGCAGUAUUAACGUCGUGCUUGUUGAAGAAUCCGGAUCCUGACAACACGAACGUCAUUUCAUGUUGUUUCUCAUUUACGAUACGGAGAGACAAAUAUAAUAUUCCGACGGUGAUUGUUGGAAACUUUUUACCUGUACGCUUGCAAUAA